CGAAGAAGAAGUUCAGAGGAGGGAAAAGAAAAGAGUGGGGAUGACCGAUUUUGAUAGGAUUAUAGAGAGAAGAAAUUCGAAGGGAUGGAAAAGGGCGGACGGGUCAAACUCAGCGAGUCGGGUCAUCAAGACAGCGAUCCAAACAAAACAGAAGCUCCAGGGUGAAUUAAGAGAGGAAAAAAAUGGAGAAGAUUUUGAGAGUCUUCUUUCCCUUUACUACUCCCACAACUCGUACUAUAGAGACCACCCUCGACCUCACCCACCCCACCCCCAUCAUCCAUUCGCUAACCCUAAUCUUUCUUUCUUCAUAUUAUAUCCAUCUUUUUCCUCUCGUCUUCUCUCCGCCAUCUCUCUCUAUAUCUAUAUUCGCUUCAAUCAGCCCGCUUAAACUUCUGCGGCGUUCUUGUUCGCCUCGUGUUCUCUAUUUCUUCGUUUCCGAUUGAUUGUUCGGUUGAACAAAGGAAGACAUCAUGGAUGAAUCUGGUGGCACUAUAAUUGAAGCUCCUGCUUCUAGUAGUAUAAUAACAAGGAAGAGGAGAAGCAGCAUUCCUCGUCGACCUAGGCCUGAGAUACAGCUGUUUCUAGAAAGUUAUGACGCAUUAACACCAACUUCAAAUGAUGCUUUUAGGGUCUCCAGUGAGGAAACUGAUGUUAGUUCUGGAGGUAAGAUGUUCAGCCUUAACCAGUGUAUAUCAAGGGGCUCUCCUACUAUAGCUGAAAGUGACCAUCCAAAUAAGAAGAUCAAGGAUGAUCAGGGAUCUAGAGUGUCCUACAGCAAUGGUGGACUAGGAGAUGAUGCCCAUGACGACCUGAAUCCUACCAGACAAUUGGGAACAACUCAAAACGGUAUAGGAAGCGACAAUAAGCUCAAGAAGGUUAAGCUGAAGGUCGGUGGGGUAACACGUACUAUUCAAGCCAAAGACAAUCCCCAUAGUACUUCUGGUGAUGGAUCUUGCGCGAAGAAUUCUCGACCUUCUGAUACCUCUCGUCCACGUCAGAGACUUACCAUCCAGGACAAUUCAGGAGAGGGUCAUUCUCUUUCAGAUAAGAAAACCCAUUACCCAAUGAAAGAUAUGUCUAGGGGGGUUAUUGAUUCUAGCAGGGAGGGUAACAGGAAGACGUCAACCAAAAACACUGCUAAAGAGUCAGAUUCCGUGAGGAAGAGCAAACGGGUUCCAAAGAGGCGUGUUUUGGAUGGGGCAUUUGACGAAGACGAUGAAGAAGAUGAUGAGAUCCGAUAUCUGGAAAAGCUGAAAACAUCAAAAGUUUUUGGGGUUAGGGAUUUUGAAGAGGAACCUGCCAACAAACAUCGGAGUCUCUCUAGGGUUUCUAAAAGUGUUGAAGAGAUUGGAGGAUCGACCAAAGAUGGUAAGAAGAGAUCAUUUGAUAAAAGUUCUGAAGACACUGACUAUGAAGAGGAGGAAGAAGUGUUGUUGUCUGAUGGGGAGCGUGAAGCAAAAAGGAAACAAAAACAGAGAAGGGAUUCCCCACCUAACACGCAGACAGAAUCUAAGAGGGAAAUAGCUCUUACAACACGCCAACGUGCUCUUCUCUCAGGCAAGGAGCCAUCUGCUGGUGCGAGUCAGGUUGAGUUCCCUAAUGGGUUGCCUCCACCCCCAUCUCGAAAACAAAAAGAGAAACUCACUGAGGUGGAGCAGCAACUAAAGAAAACUGAAGCUGCACAUAGGCGUAGAAUGCAAAAUGAGAAGGCAGCUCGAGAAUCAGAGGCCGAGGCAAUUAGAAAAAUACUUGGUCAAGACUCAAAUAGAAAGAAGAAAGAGGACAAAGUGAAGAAGCGCCAAGAAGAGUUGGCCCAGGAGAAGGCUGCUAAACAUCAAGUGCUUGCAUCAGAAACUGUCAGAAUCAUCAUGAGGCCUACAGGGACAGUAGUGACAUUUCCAAUGGAGAUGGGUUUACCCCCCAUAUUCGGAUCCAAACCCUGCAGUUAUCCACCUCCUCGUGAAAAGUGUGCUGGCCCUUCAUGUUUGAACCCAUACAAGUACCGUGACUCCAAGUCGAAGCUCCCUCUGUGCAGCCUCAAUUGCUACAAGGCCAUUCAUUCUCAGAUGGAUGUCGAAAAGGUUUGCUGACACUGUGAGGGCUCAUACUAUCGUCUCCCUAACAACAACUUGAUGUUGCUGCACAUAACAUGUUUUAUUAGAUUUUGCAUCACAUAGAUAAGGAUGGGGAGCUCUCCCGCCAGCACUUGCAGUGCAGAAGAGCUAGGAAUAAAUUAGCCACAAUGGAACUUAUUGCAUUUCCAAGCAGUAUAUGCCUUCUCCUCUCUUUUUGUUUUCUAACCUUUUUUUGUUGUUAAUUGUUAAAUCAUUUUGUCUAGCUUUCAAACUAAUACUCCGUAUAAUGUAAUGCCAUGGUUUAGCCCUCUCCUCCCUUAUUGUUGCUCGUUUUCUUGUGACUGUUUUUCUUGGAGAUGUGUAGUCUUAAUCUUUUAUGGUGGAUAUCUGUUUCAUUUUG